CCAGAAGGUACAGCCAUCAUUAGACACACUGUCCCCCCCGCCUGCACAUACACAGCCCUACAGGACAGCCAGCAGAAAAGUGACCUGAGCAACGGUGGGAAAUAUGACGAUGGACGGGGAGACUUUGGGGUUCGUCCCCCAGAAGGAGAUCRUCUACAACGGCCUGCUGCCUUACUGUGACCGUUUGGACCGAGAGGCUGCAGAACUGUUGGUGGAGAUCAAAGCCAACCUGAGCAGAGCUGUGCUCCUCAGGGAGCUCUGGCCCGGRGUCGCUUUCUGGUCCAGGAAACUCUUCUCUUUUCUGAAGUUGUACGGACGAAGGUUCAGCAAAGGGGACCACAUUCUCUUCAUCCAGCUCCUCUAUGAGUUGGUCACACUGCCCAACCUGGAGCCCCACAUGAUGCAGUGCUACGCCAGGCUGCUCAUUCAGCUUCUCAAGAAGAAAGAGCUCCUGUCAAGAGAUGACCUACAGUUGCCGUGGCGGCCACUUUAUAAUUUGUACGAGAGAGUCUUCUACUCCAAAACUGAGCAUCUGGGGCUCAUCUGGUUCCCCAACUCUGUGGACCACGUUCUGAAGGCUUUGAUCAGAAGCUGCAGACUGUAUUUCCCUGCAUCCUCUACCAGGGAGAUGCUGGAUGAGUGGCGCCCCCUGCUGUGUGUGUUUGACGGGGUCAUGCAGAAGGCCAUCAGCAACAUGGAGCUGUUCCUGCCCACCAUCCUGCCCCCGGAGGAGCACAAUCAGGGCUUCCAAACCUAGUGAACCUGCUUGCUCGCCUUGCCAACGAUAACAUCGGAUACGUGGACUGGACUCCUUAUAUUCCCACAAUCUUCACCAGAAUCCUACGGAGUUUGAAUCUUCCUGUCGGUGUCUGUCAGAUGGUGGCACCUAGGUAUCUCACCAACUCCUUUGACAUCGGAUACCUGGUUUUAUGGAUCACAGCACUCCUGGGUGGACCAGGAAACCCCGCACAAAAAGAGCUGACCUGUCUGUUCAGCAGCAUCGCCUCCUUCUACCACCCCUCCAAUCACGGCCGCUGGCAGUCCCGACUGAUGCGUCUGCUUCAGCGACUCCCAGCAAGUGUUGUGCGUCGCGUGCACCGAGAGCGUUACGCUGCACCCAGCUGGAUCACGACGGUCCCCGAGGGUCAAAGGUUGACUGAUGCUGACCUGCAGGAGUUCACCCACAGCCUCACUGGAGCUGCCCUGCUGGCUAUAUUYAGUAAAAAUGGCAGCACAGACGCAGCCUACGCUCUACAGAACCUGGCUCUCCUGGCACCUGAGCUCGUCAUACCCCCCGUCCUCGAAAAGACCUACGCAGCAAUGGAGACCCUGACAGAGCCACACACCCUCACCGCCACCCUCAGCUGCAUGAUCGGCAUGGCCCGCAGCCUGGUCUCCCCUAACAACCGCUACCCAGAGGGCCGCACACACGUUCUUCCACUGCUUAUGGGCUCUCUCCCAGGGGUGGACCCCAACGACUUCAGCAAGUGCAUGAUAACGUUCCAGUUCAUCACCACCUUCACCACUCUUGUCCCUUUAGUGGAUUGUUCAGCCGCUCCAUCCCGACACGUGGAUCUCACUGAGAUCGAAAAAGAUCUCUGCUUUGCCUCAGCUGGGUUUGAAGACUUCGUUCUGCAGUUCCUGGACAGGUGUUUUGCUCUGAUAGACAGUAGUACGCUGGAGCAGACGAGAGAUGAGAUGGAGACGGAYACUCAGACUCAUCUGGAGAGCCUGGUGGAGCUGGGGCUGUCCUCCACUGUUAGUACUAUCUUAACGCAGAGCUCCACUGAAAUAUACAAGGUUGCGUUGCAGAAGCUCUACACAUUUGCCACCUCCAGCGUUUUCGAGACRUGCGUGUCGGGCAGAAUGGUGGCCGACAUGUGCAGAGCUGCAGUUAAGUGUCAUCCUGCCGAGUCUCUGCGUCUGUUCGUCCCUCACUGCUGCAGCAUCAUCUCCCACAUCACUGGCCAUGAGGAGCUGCUGAACGAAGAUGAGUUGGACAAAGAGCUGCUGUGGAAUCUCCAGCUCCUCUCCGAGGUAACCCGUGUGGAUGGCGAACAGCUGCUGAAAUACCAAGAGGAGCUGGAGCGAAUCCUGUGUGUGUGUGUGCGGCUGCGCUGUAAGCAGGCGUACACGCUUGCCUGCAGUCUACUGGAGCACACACUCCGCUCGCUCUCCCUCAUCUAUCCCACUGAGUACCGCAGCACCUCGGGAAGCUUUCAYACCGACCUGCCUAUUCGGGACUGGGGCCGAGCCGGAGAUGUGGCGGCGCUGGGUGUGCGUUGGCACGUGCCCAGCCGGGAGGAGGAGAACUUUGUUUUCCAGCUGCUGUCCCGCCUCCUGCGUCCAGAGCUGCAGCGGAUCAAACGGCACGCCUCUGGAGACRAGCCAGUGACCAGGGAGGARUUAUGGCAGAGCCUUGCCAUCGUGCGGCAUUGCCUUCUUGGAGCUGGAAGCAUGCUGCCCCCUUUAGAUGGAGCACACGUUCCUGACCUGGUGCCGUCCAUGGUGAAUCUGGGGGAGAUCAAACUGUAUGUUGGCGUUGAUUUCGAUGAUUCACGGGAGAACUACAGAGAGUCCAUCUGCCAAACGAUGAGACUGCUGCUUCAUCACGUCCUGGAGCAGUCAGAGGAUGAUACAAAGUCGCUCUUUAUGAUCAUUAAGAUUAUCAGUGACCUCAUGUUUUUCCGUGGCAUUCACAAGACGGAGUUUGACUCACGCUGGAAAAGCUUCACUCUUGUCAAGAAGUCCAUGGAAAACAGGCUUCAUGGGAAAAAGCAGCACAUCAGAGCACUUCUCAUCGACCGGGUCCUGCUCCAGCACGAGAUGAGAAAGCUGGUGGUUGAGGGCAGUGAAUACAAAGUGGUUCAUCAGGAGCUGCUCUGUGAUCUGCUGCUACUUUCUACCAGCACGUACAGCCAGGUACGUAGCCGGGCACAGAGUGUGCUGAUGACGGCGAUGGGAACCUAUAGCUUCUCUUACAGAGACAUGGUUCCCCGCAUCGUUCAGCUGUUGUCACCGCAAAACAUCACAGGCACACAGCAGCAGUUCAAGGGCGCUCUGUACUGUCUCCUGGGUGAACACGGUGGAUUUUGCCCAGCCACCACGAGAGACUGGGACUGUGUCGGGGAAGUCUGGCCCGCGUUGGUUCGCUGUGGUCUGUCGUACUCAACGACCCUGGCGAAGCCGUCCAUCGGUCGACUGUUUGAUGACAUCAUCGACAGGAUUCAUCGCCAGCAYGACACCACUGGGAUCUUCUUGACUGUGUCRGAGCGGUGUGUCGAGGUAGCCAAUCAAAUCACACUAUCGGAAAAUCCUUGUUUGGAGACACCAUCCAUAGAGGAAACACAGGAGGGAAUUCAGCGGCAGCGAAUCAGAAAUGUGGUUGCUGCACGGAAAUAUGAGAAGCUUGUGAAUGACCUGUUGGACUGCCUUGAAGACAAAGACUUACCCUGGAAGUUUGARCACAUGGCCACAGAUUUGUUGGCUCUCCUCCUGAGAGACGAUCACCCUCUUCCUCCUGAUGCUGUCCUCUACUUCACRCAGAGCCUUGUUCACGACUCCAUCAGCAUCCGCAAGGUUGCGAUCUCAGCAGUGGCUGGUGUCCUGAAGCAGCUGAAGAGGCCGAGAAACAAGGUGGCCGUGAAGCCGUCGGACAUCAGUGGAGUCCCGGAUCCAGAGGGGAUUUGUUUCGGGGAUCACGAGGGGAAUCGCUGGCUGCAGUACGACAGCAGCAACCUCCCUCUGAGUCGGGAGCAGUGGGACUCUUUGCAGUAUGUGGAGAAGACUCACUGGGGCUACCACUCAUGGCCCAGAGAAAUGAUGAUCUAUGCAGCUUCUGAAAAGACUCAAGAUGACCUGCCAUACAAGGAGAUGAGUGAGGGAGAGAAGAUCAUCUUUGAGUACUUCUCGGACCUGGACUUCGUUGACCAGCUGGUGGAGUUUCUGUCUCUGGAGGAGAGGAAAGGCAAGGACAGCUUCAGCCCCCGACGCUUCUGCCUCUUCAAGGGGCUGUUUCGUAACUAUGACGACGCGUUCCUGCCCAUACUGUGGCCUCAUCUGGAGCGGCUCGGGAGUGACCCCCAUGAGAGCUCGCAACGCUGCGUGUGUGAGAUUACUGCAGGACUGAUCAGAGGCAGCAAACACUGGGGCUUCAGCAAGCGUCCUGACCUACAUCUUCAUGAUCGACGUGGCCCUGCCCCACACCAGGCCCACCUCCUCCCCUCACGUGGCAGAGUUUGUCACCCGGGUCCUGGGACGACUCGAGCCCCUCACGUCGGCGCCUGAAAUCCACAACCACGUCCACGAGGAGAACACCCGGGAGACGGACGAGCGCACCCAGGCUGUCAAACUGCUCAAGACGGAUUGCCCCGGUGGAGAUUGAUGAGAGCUAUGAUGAGAUGAAGCAGGACGCGCGCACGUGUCUCUCCCUCCUGUCCCAGGGCCUGCUCUAUACGGAGCACAUCCCUCUGGUCCUGGCGGCUCUGGAGGAGAUGGCAGGCAGCAGAUCGUGGCACGCACGCUUCUCCGUCCUGACCUACCUCCAGAUCAUGGUUUUCCACAACUUGUUUACUCUGCUCAGUUUGCCCGCUGAGGUUCUCCGCGCUCGAAAGCUGGUGAUGCAGCUGCUGCUCGACGAACAGCUCGAGACUUAGUGAGGCGCCACGCCGGAGUGCUCGGUCUCAGCGCGUGCAUCCUGUCAAGCCCCUACGACGUCCCGUGCUGGAUGCCGCAGAUACUGAUGGACCUGAGCGACCACCUCAACGACCCGCAGCCCAUAGAGAUGACGGUGAAGAAGACCCUGUCCGAGUUCAGGCGCACGCACCAUGACAACUGGCAGGAGCACCGGCAGAGCUUCACCGACGACCAGCUGCUGGUGCUCACAGACCUGCUGGUGUCGCCCUGCUACUACGCCUAGGCGCCGGCCGCCGAACUUCUCGAGGCCUGCACAGAAGAACCGACAGCGUCCGAUACAUAAUCGCACCUUUGAGCUCUGCUGGGCAACAAUAAUCUCAGGUCAUUUGGAACCCUCUACGCCGCUGUUGUCUUUCAGUAAGACAGCCGUUCUUGGCAAAGACGUUUCAAGUUUGGGCGUUUAUUCUGCUCGUCAAGCCCCAAAGGAGGCUACUUUUUAAAAUGACUCAGGUUGUUCUGAUCUGAUCAAAGAGUUAUUUUUUUAACCCGUUUAUCACUGCAGUAUUUAUUUCCAUCGUGUUCUUAUGAAAGGUCUCUUAAUUUAGAGGCAUGAGUUGAAACUGUCCACCCACAUAAAUAUGCUUGGACUUAAAGUCAAAGUUCAAAUCUUUUGAAGCUGGAUUCUGUGGGAAAGUUAUGAACGGUUAAUGUCUUACCUGUUGUAGAUGACGUUUUAAACAACCUUGGUUUGAAGAGUUAAAGGGGCAAUAUCAUGUAAAAUCAACUUUUUUGAGUUUUAUAUCAAGUUAUAAUGUUAUGCGCUCAUAAAAAUAGGCCCAAAGCCUUGCUUUGACUCAUUCAUGCAAGUUUGAGAAAUCCUGCAGCGUUUUUAGGCAGCCAUGCU